CGCCCCUCUGUGCAGCCACCAGGACUAAUCCGGAGCAGUCCUUGCCUUUCACCAUGACUCUGUGCCCGCAGGACAGCUUGGGGCAGACUGCCCUGUACAAUAGCAGCAGCAACUACGAACUCACUCCGUCCCAGAAGUGGCUGAUGGGGGCAGCCUUGACCUUGAUGAUCCUGCUCAUUGUGAUUGGGAAUUCACUGGUGAUCAUAGCCAUAGCCAAGACCCCCAGGCUGCAAACCAUGACCAACGUCUUCAUCACCUCCUUGGCUUGCGCCGACCUGAUCAUGGGAGUCCUAGUGGUGCCCCCGGGUGCCACCAUCCUGGUCACUGGCGACUGGCUGUACGGCAUUGUGGUGUGCGAGCUGUGGACCUCCGUGGACGUCCUGUGCGUGACGGCCAGCAUAGAGACCUUGUGCGUGAUCGCGGUGGACAGGUACAUUGCCAUCACCUCACCCUUAAAGUAUGAGAUGCUGGUGACCAAAGCCAGAGCCAGGUUGGUGGUUUGUUUCGUGUGGGCUAUCUCCGCUUUGAUCUCGUUCUUGCCCAUCAUGAUGCACUGGUGGAGAGAUAACGAAAACCUCAUAGCCAAGAGCUGCUACGAUGACCCCAAAUGCUGUGACUUUGUCACCAACAUGCCCUACGCCAUCGUGUCUUCCACCAUGUCCUUUUACGUCCCCCUGGUCAUCAUGAUCUUCGUGUACGCCAGGGUCUUCAUCGUGGCCACCAGGCAGGUCAACCUGAUAGAAAAGGACAAAGUGAGGUUCAACGGCACCCCGGUGCCCUCCACCAAAAACAAAAGGACUUCUAAAAGAAGGCCCUCGGGGCUGCUGGUCAUCAAGGAACACAAAGCACUAAAGACUUUGGGCUUCAUCAUGGGCGUCUUCACCCUCUGCUGGUUGCCCUUCUUCGUGGCCAACAUCAUCAAAGUGUUUUGCACUUCGUUAAUAGACGACAGCGCCUUCUUGUUUUUGAACUGGUUGGGUUACAUUAACUCGGGGCUUAACCCCAUCAUCUACUGCAGGAGCCCGGAUUUCAGGAAGGCCUUCAAAAAGCUGCUUUGCUGCAACGGGGCAGCCGACUGCAGACUGCACGCGUUGACCAAGGACCCUAAAAGGUAUCAGUAUCCCUCGAGCAAUCAGCUGGACUGCGACGGGCUCAAACACUUGGCCGACGCCGAAAUGGGCAACGGGAGCCUGAGUAGCAGUAGCCGGUGUAGCAGCAGGACUGAGGAGACCAGCCUGAAAAACAGCAACGGACAUCCCCACCAACCUGACCAGUUCGAACCUGUAAGCCACUGAAUGGAGCCUUCAUUCCGCCAAGCGCC